GACGUUGGGCACACAGUAUAACCACAGCCCCAGAUUAUUUCAAUUGUUCUCUGCCUUUGAGGUCUAGAAUAGAAAGGAUUGCUUUCUUCGAUAAGGGCCCUUGAAAUUUGACGCACAUGAUUCCACCAAAAAAACCCAGGCCAAUCUUCAUUCUUUCGGUCAAGCUCGUGCCAAGCUGAGCUGCAAUUCCAGGCCUGACCCAACGACCCUAGCUUCAACCGAUUACGACCCGACCGUACCUAGCUUCUGACUUUUUGUACCUACAUCACAACCUUGAACACACAGACGCGGGCAUUCACCAAGACACACUCGCAGCUUGUCCCUUCGACCAGUCAGCAAUCGCUUGGCCCCAACGCCGACCAUCGUCAGCCUCCAUCUGAAUCUGCUGCCAAGUCCCAUCAGCAGUAAACGUCGAAUCGUACGCACACGCGUCUGAUCGCUUUUUUCAACUUUGAGAGAUUUUCCCCGCCAUUUCCACUUCAAGCGAUUGAAGAUCCGGACAUACGCGGCAGAUCUUUUGUCAUUCGUUUUUUUUCUUUUUCUUUUUUCUCCUUCUGCGCGUAACAUCUGCGCUGACUCGUCUUUGCACCAAACCCCGUCGCCCCCAACUCUCCGAGACGUCAGCAAAAACGACGUCGGUCCGAACGAUCAUCGUCCCGUGCAAAAGCCAGGCCUAUCCUCCCAUCAGCUUUCACAGCCCCCCCGGAUCUCCGGACGAUUUUGCAUCGCGAUUGUUGGCUUUUGUUUUUGGCCCAUCGGGCACCGAGGUGUUCCCGAAGAACCAAACAUCGUCUUGGCAAUUUCCAAUCGGGCACGCCGUGCCUUGAGCUAUUGCUUCAAUCAUGGGAAACUCGCACACCAAGGAGGCGAGGGAUCCUAACGCUCCCUUGUCCCCUCACGAUCCUCGAUCACACGGAUCCGGUCAUCACCACGCAUCCGGCUCCUCGUCCAGCAGACCGAGAAACCGAGCCAGCCGGUCCGAUCUCGGCGGACUCUUCGGAAUCAGCGGCGCAGGCUCCUCUUCCUCGACACAACCCCCAUACGAACGACGGGAGACGAAGCAAGAGCGAGAGGCGAGGAAGCUCGAACGAGAAAGACAGGCGCGUCUCAUAGAGAGAGAAAGAAGCUUGAAAGAGGAACAGGUCGAUGGUGGAUAUCUAGUAACAUUGGGUACAUACGUCGGGACAGAGGACUUUAACAAGGCAGUAGUCCGACAGUUGCAGAUUGAGCGAAGAUUGGCACCAUUCUGGAGAGGCUUGAACGACUUCUCCGAAACAUGGACCGAGUAUCAAAUAGUGGCAGCUGCUCGGGGCCUGCCUCUGCCCGCCGCCGAUGCCAUCCCCCCGGAUGAGCUGAUACCCCGACCCAUAUCCGCCACCUCUCCCGCGGCAUCCACGCAAAACAUUGAUAGUCUCAUGGUGCCUAUGGGUGGCAGGACGCAGUCCACAGCAUCCGACAGGAGCGGCUCGGGACUCGGCUCUAGCUUACCUUCCCCGACUUCUGCCCCGAGCAGCAAAAGUCCCUUUAAGCGAUCUAAGGGCAUUGCGGCGGCGCUGAACCUAUCAUCCUCACGUAACAACUCGACCACCGACAUAGCGCCGCCUCGCGAGAUAAAGCUCCCGCACGAUCCUUUUGUGAAUGGUCAGCCCAUGGAGGUGUUUUUGUACAAGGACGGAAGCGAGUGCCCCAUCUGCUUCCUGUACUACCCACCUUACCUGAACCACACACGAUGCUGUGAUCAGCCCAUCUGCAGCGAAUGCUUUGUGCAGAUAAAGCGUGCCGAUCCUCACUACCCCGAAGGCCACGGCGAUGCCGAAAACUCAGAGAGGCCUCCGGAGGAGCAGGCUGGUCUGCUGAUUUCGGAGCCGGCUUGCUGUCCUUACUGCCAACAACCAGAGUUUGGCGUCACGUACGAACCGCCACCAUUCCGUCGCGGUCUGACAUAUUCAAGUUCGACUUCGCAUAUGGGCGCCCUGGGCACAGCCAUGUCCAGCAGCAGCUCGCUCAACUCAAGUCUCUCUCCAUCGUCCCUGGCAUCCCCGACAGGCAUGGGACACAACAGAAGACGAACGCAAUCCUUGUCGGCGAAUGCACCGAACGUCGUCACGACGGACCGCGUGAGACCGGACUGGGCAACAAAACUUGCUGCACAGCGGGCACACAUCGCUCGCCGUGCUGCAGCUGCCACUGCUCUGCACACGGCAGCGUUCUUGAUGAGCAACAACGAGCAGCAACGCUCCAUCAGGAUAGGAAGGUUCAGCAGACGUAAUACGGCCGAGAGGACCACAUCGGGGCCAUCUACCAACGCAGCAGCAAGCAACAGCCCCGCUAGGCCGGAGGCCGCUGCAGCCGAGAGCGAAUCAGCGUCUCCGGGGACCGCAGAGGCGAGAAGCAGCUCGGGUCGCGCGAUCAUGGGUGCGCGCAGAAGCCGUAUGGAGGACCUCGAGGAGAUGAUGUUUGCCGAAGCCAUCAGGCUGUCUCUGGCUGCAGAGGAAGAGAGGAAACGCAAAGCAGAGAAGGAGGAGCGCAAGGAAGCCAAGCGUAAGGAGAAGGAGGACAAGAAGGCUGCCAAGGCCGCAGCUAAGAGCUCUGGGUCUGGGCCUUAUACUGGCUCCAGCGGGAACAGCUCCAUCGCCGGUAGCGCCCUCAGUCUGCCCAGUCUCGGGUUGGGAAGGCGUCGAGGAAACAGUGCUGCUUCAAACCUGCGCAUGGAGGCCAGUGUGGCUAGCGCCAUGGCCGCAUCGGGAUCCGGCAGCCCGGAGUCGGGGGCAGCUGCUGGUGGUGACAAGGGGAAGGGGGUUGACAGGCCAGUGCCCGCGAAUAUUGGAGACUCUGGUGAAGAUGUAGAGGCCGGUUCUUCUUCAUCGAGCGCGCCCGCCGGGUCCCAGCCCACUCCAGCAUCACAAAGGCCUGGCGGCCAGUCACACCUGCGCCAGAUCAGCAACGUAUCGUCUAUUUCGGAUUCGUCCUACAUUGAUGCUCCGGGUGGUGUUGAUAUUGCACAUUCAUCUCAGGAAGGUCGGACGACAGCAGCUGGUGUCGCGCCUACACCAAACAUCACAAGCUUGUCGGAAGUGGUGGACGUUCUGGACGAGGUGGACGCUGCGAAAUCCCAUGACGCGGCAGAGGUACAGCAUCUUGAGGAUGCAUCCGACAACAAGCCGCCGAGCAAGGACGUCGGGGAGGCACCGUCCCCUCCAGAGCUGCUGAUAACGCCAGGAACCCCUGCUCUUGAAAACGAGGGCUUCGAGACCAACAAACAGCUGGAAAUUAAGCCCGCUGCGCAGCACAAUGAUCAACAGCAGCAGCAGCAGCAGCGCCAGCAAUUUGCCUAAGAACUGGGCGGUCACGCGGUGCAUGGGGAACAUUUGAGUGGCUACCGCUAAAGUGAUGUGUGGGUUUUUAUCCUUGGGAAGAAGAUGGAGUUGGCGGUUGAUUUUCUGCAUUGGGGGGGUUAUGCGGAUGGACACGAAAGAUCGAACUGCGAGCUUUGGUGCAAUUUUCAUUUGUUUCCAACCAUACGAUGCACGCAUAGACGGCAAAGAAGAAACCUUUCCUAACUAUUUUUUAUUUUUUUAUUUUUUAUUCAGUGGGCAUGACGGGUCUGUGGAGUUCAGGUAACGCUGGUGGCACGGUCAUAAGGCUAGGACUUGUCUUUUUAUGUUUUAUACUACAGUUGUUCUUUAGCUUUGUUUUUUAUGCUUCGAUUUUUUUUUACCAAUCAACGAUGAUAUUUCGAAUCAUGUUGGUUUCUGAAGCAUGAGCUCCAGCAAUUAGACCACUCACAAAGAUAAAACGACAAUAUUCGUUCCUGGGGUGCCUCGGGUUUGAGCAUACUUCGAGGCCAGUGCACUCGUCGUUCGCUCUGGGCCUUUGGUAGUCUCAAGUCAUGAGUCAGCCGUGGGAAGGAUUUGAAAGGGACAAAAGUGCACGAUUUAGAUUGUUCAGAGUUGGGGACACAGGUGGAGUGUAUAACUCCGAAUCUAAAUGCCGGC